CUGGCCAUUAUAUUUUGCCUCGAUUGUAAAGGUUUUCUCAACUGACUACGAAAAAUCCCCCUCUGCGCGUUUCAAGAUCAAGCCGCUUUUUCAGGUAUUUCUGUAUUUGAUGAUGUUGGAAUUUCCUGACGCAACAGUUUUACGUUUUUUGCCAAUUUUCCUUCAGUUCAGUUCAUGUAAGAAGCCUUACUUUCCAAGUAAUGAUGUACUCAAUGUUAAGAGGAAAUCCAACGAGCCAUUCCGCCGUGUAACAAUAACAAAGGAUUCUCUACCAGAAAAGUUCAAAGAUAACUCUUACGACAGGUCGCACGACCAGUGGGGAGCUAAAGCACAUGAGGCACUAAGUAAAGUGCAAGGCAAAGGAUUCCGGCACGAGAAGACGAAAAAGAAGAAGGGAAGUUACGGUGGAGGGCCCAUCAGUACGUCUGUCAACUCUAUAAAGUUCUCCGACAGUGAUUGA